UAUCCAUGCAUGCCUGACCGCUAGUCUACUUCCUGGAUGGAAGAAUGGGACGUUUCCAGCACCACUUUUCUUCGCAUUGUGUAUUGCCCUUCGUCACGCUGCCGCCGCGGAUAAUCACUUAAUAAUGAUCACGUGUGAUCAAUAUUAUUCGACCACUUUUCCCCUGUAGUUAAAGACCGAUUGACCCCCCCUCUGCACUUCGGGAAUGUCGCUAUCUGGAAGCCCGCUACAGGCACGGUGGAGUCCGAUAACAGAUUUUGAACUGUUUUUGCACAGCCGUGGUGUGCGUAACGUUUUAUCCCUCGAAGCUAAAAGCAGCCCCUGCUCGGACUGGAGGCGAUUAAAUUAGUCUUUUUUUCUUUUUCUGUUAAAAGCAGCGACUCCGUAGCUUAACCGCUAAGCAUUACUUUGAUGCUCUGCCUUCGUGGCUGCUGUGCCAACUUCGUUUCCAGCUUUCGGUCGUGUGUAUGUGAUUUUCUUUUCUUUUUUUUUUUUUGUUUUGUUUUCCUUUUUGAAGGAGAGAAAAGACUGAAAAAAAAAAAAAACAAACUAACUUUGUCACCCGUUGCCUUCUUGUUGCUCUCGAUGAGUAGUCUAACAUGCGGAGAAUACGGGAACCGAGUUACUGGUGGAUUUUAUCCUUAAUGUUUUUAACCUUGCCCAAACACAAAGACUGUCAUCCCGUUGCAUUGGAUGACCAGCCUAACUAUGCCAGAGACGGGCAUCAUGGGAGCACAGGCAUAAUGAGGGAGAGGAGGGCAGUUGGUGACCCCUACUGGUCCUAUUCAGGAAGCCACGGACCUCGAGGCUGGGUGGCCUCAUAUCCAGAAUGUGCUGCGAAGAACCAAUCACCUGUGGACAUCAUAGAUGAGCAAACUCUGGUUUCAGAGGAGUACCAGGAGCUGGUGCUUGACAAGUUCAACACCGAGUCCUCCAACCAGACCACCAUGAAAAACACUGGAAAAACAGUUGCUGUUCUCCUGAAGGAUGACUACUUUGUAAGAGGUGCUGGGCUUCCAGGCCGCUUUAAGGCUGAGAAGAUGGAGUUUCACUGGGGCCAGAAUAAUGGAUCAGCGGGCUCAGAACACAGCAUAAGCGGCAGAAGGUUCCCUGUGGAGAUGCAGAUCUACCUUUACAAUUCAGAUGACUUUGACAGCCUCAGCGCUGCCAUUAAGGAAAGACGCAUCAUUGCUGCCAUGGCUGUCUUCUUUGAGCUGGGGCAAAAAGACAAUCCAGCUGUGGAACCUAUCAUCCAGGGACUGAAAGGAGUAGUACAUCAUGAAAAGGAGACCAACCUCAGGUCUUUCAUCCUGAGGGAUCUGCUGCCAUCAUCAGUGGACAGUUAUUACCGAUACACCGGCUCUCUGACCACACCGCCCUGCAGUAAGGUAGUGGAGUGGAUCAUCUUCUCCAGGCCCGUGUAUCUGUCCCACUCGCAGCUGGAGGCCUUUUACUCCAUCUUUACAACAGAGCAACAGGACCAUGUCAAGUCUGUAGAAUACCUAAGGAACAACUUCCGGCCCCUGCAGGACCUGAACAGUAGGAAAGUCUUUAAGUCGGCUGUGAAAGAUGCAUGGCAGAAAGAUUUGACUGAGAUCCUGAGGAGCCCUCACGGCACUGAGGCCUCAAGAGUGUGCAGCAGUGCCCCAGUGAACAUGAAGAUCCAGCCGCUGAACCAGACGGCAUUGAUGGUAAGCUGGGAACGCCCUCUGACCGUCUACCACCCACCAAUCACCAGUUACAUGGUCUCCUACAGCUGGGUGAAACGUGAUGUUCCAGAUGAAAAUACCUUCACCAAGACUGGGGACCAGAGCAUGAAAGCAGUCAUCACUAAUGUGUCUCCUGACGCCCUGUACCUGUUCAGAGUGCAGGCAGUAUGUCAGCGUGACCUGCGCAGUGAUUUCAGCCAAACACUGCUCUUCAGAGCUAAUACAACAAGAAUAUUUGAAGGGUCUCGUAUUGUGAAGACUGGGAUGCCGACGAUUUCUCCAGCAUCCUCAGCAGACAUGGCUCCAAUAAGCUCUGGUUCUUCCACUUGGACGUCGUCUGGCAUCCACUUCUCCAUCGUCUCCAUGGCAACGGGAAUGGGCCCCUCCUCUAGUGGGAGCCAGGCCACUGUGGCAUCAGUAGUAACAAGUUCCUUGCUGGCAGGCUUGGGCGUUGGCGGAGGGGUCAUUUCUUCUUUGCCCAGCUCUGUCUGGCCCACACAUGCGCCACAAGCCACUCAGAACCCCACCCGUCCCUCCGCCUCGCCUGCAAAGUCCAGCACUGAGCAGGCAGCGCCCCAGGGCUCAGAGACAGACACCCUGUCUGAGGAGAACCAAGCUGCACGUGAAGGUGAGGAGGAGGAAAAGGAGGGGGAGAGGGAAGGAGAGCAGGACGAGGGUGAGGAUGAGAAGAAGAAAAAGAACAAGACUGCACCUGAUAAUGAGGAAAAGCAUGGGAACAGCACCGUGGCCAAAGAGCCUUUAAUCCCCACCCCCGCAUCCACAGCCAAAGAGAAAGGACAAGGGAAGCCUACUGUCAAAGGCACCACCAUACCUGCAAGCACUGGCGAGGAGCAGUUGGUCAGCGUGGAGAAGAAUCCCACACAUGUAAAUGCAGUCUCUACUCAAGAUCCCCGUAACGACAGUGCUGAGAUGCAGAUUCCCCAGAGCUCCACACAGUCUCCUAAGAUCAGUAGUGAUGGGAGGAGUCUCUGGCCUGUCUCUGUCCACAUUGACAGGACAGCUUUGUCCAACGUUACCCGAAGCCCUCCUCCGGGGAUGGGCAGGAUGGUGUGGAUCGUCCCCUUGGUGGUGGUGUCUGCUCUCACUCUGCUUUGCUUCAUAAUGCUGCUGAUUGUGAUGGUUUACUGGAGGAGAUUUUUCCAGACAGCUCACUUCUAUGUGGAGGAGGGCAGCUCUCCACGGGUGGUGGCCAAUGAGAAUAUUCCAGUCAUCCCCAUACCAGAUGACAUGGAGGCCAUCCCUGUUAAGCAGUUUAUUAAACACGUCAUGGAGCUCUAUAGUAACAACCUACAAGGUUUCGCUGAGGAGUUUGAGGAGGUCCAACGCUCAACAGCAGACCUGAAAAUCACAGCAGAACAUUCCAAUCAUCCUGACAAUAAGCACAAAAACAGAUACAUCAACAUUGUGGCCUAUGACCACAGCAGGGUGAAAUUACGAGCUCUAGCCGGGAAAGAUGCCAAACAUUCAGAUUACAUCAAUGCCAACUAUGUAGAUGGCUACAACCGUCCCAGAGCUUAUAUCGCCGCUCAGGGUCCUCUCAAGUCUACAUUUGAGGAUUUUUGGAGGAUGGUGUGGGAGCAGAACACUGGAAUCAUCGUCAUGAUCACAAACCUGGUGGAGAAAGGGAGAAGGAAAUGUGACCAGUACUGGCCGACAGAGAACAGCGAGCAGUAUGGAAACAUUGUGGUGACGCUGAAAAGCACCAAAGUGCACGCCUGCUACACACUGCGGCGUUUCCUUAUAAGGAACACUAAAGUUAAAAAGGGCCAGAAGGGGAACCCAAAGGGGAAGCUAAAUGAACGCAUUGUGGUCCAGUAUCACUACACUCAGUGGCCUGACAUGGGAGUACCAGAGUACACCCUCCCUGUGUUCACCUUCAUCAACCGCUCAUCAGCAGCUCGCACUGCAGACAUGGGCCCUGUCCUGGUUCACUGCAGUGCAGGGGUUGGGCGCACAGGAACGUACAUUGUCAUUGACAGCAUGCUGCAACAGAUCAAGGACAAAAGCACAGUCAGUGUCCUGGAUUUUCUCAAACAUAUCCGCACACAACGCAACUACCUGGUCCAGACUGAGGAGCAGUAUGUUUUCAUCCACGAUGCUCUGAAGGAGGCCAUACUGAGCAGAGAGACAGAGGUGCCCGCCUGGCAGCUCCACAGUUAUGUUAACAGCAUCCUCACCCCCAACUCAACAGGCUGCACACGACUGGAGAAGCAGUUCAGGCUGCUGACUCAGUGCAACACACGCUUUGUGGAGUGCUUUAGUGCCCACAAAGACUGCAACAAGGAGAAGAACCGCAAUUCCUCAGUGGUUCCCUCGGAGCGAGCAAGGGUCGGACUCACCACUCUGCCUGGAAUGAAAGGAACAGAUUACAUUAAUGCGUCCUACAUAAUGGGUUACUACAGGAGUAAUGAGUUCAUCAUUACCCAGCAUCCCUUGCCCCACACCACCACAGACUUCUGGAGGAUGAUUUGGGACCAUAACGCUCAAAUUAUUGUCAUGUUGCCUGACAACCAGGGCCUGGCUGAGGAUGAAUUUGUUUACUGGCCAAGUCGGGAAGAGGCCAUGAACUGCAUCGCCUUCACUGUCACACUCAUCAGUAAGGACAGACUGUGCCUCUCCAACGAGGAGCAGAUCAUCAUCCACGACUUCAUCUUAGAGGCCACACAGGAUGACUAUGUUCUGGAGGUGAGACAUUUUCAGUGCCCUAAAUGGCCAAACCCCGACGCCCCUCUCAGCAGCGCCUUCGAGCUCAUCAGUGUCAUCAAGGAGGAGGCCAUGACCCGAGACGGCCCCACCAUUGUGCACGAUGAGUAUGGAGCAGUGUCAGCAGGGAUGCUCUGCGCCCUCACCACUCUGUCCCAGCAGCUGGAGAACGAGGGCGUCGUCGACAUCUAUCAGGUGGCUAAGAUGAUCAAUCUCAUGAGGCCGGGAGUCUUCACUGAUAUAGAGCAGUACCAGUACCUUUACAAAGCCAUGCUCAGUCUGGUCAGUAACAGAGAGUGUGGCCUGAGCCCCAUGCACAUGGACACUAAUGGGGUGGUGGUGAUUGCGGACGAGUCAGACCCUGCAGAGAGCAUGGAGUCGCUCGUCUGAGGACAUUCUUACGGGCACUUAAUUUGUAAAAAUCCGAGAACUUUUCUGAGGCCUUUUUUGCCAGACUAUUGAUUAAAUGAAUAACCUUAUUACUUUUUAUACUGAUAAAUGUUUUUUGAUAUUUAUGUUUUUGUCCUUUAUUUCUUGUCUUAAAUGUUAUCCUGCUGAGCGUUUGCACCUGUUUAAGUUGACGUGAGGAAAAAGCAGCUCUGUCCAGUUUGCACUAUACUAUCAGUGUUACUGCCUAAAUCCAGCGAGUUAAAUCCCGGCUACACGACGAAACCGGGAUCUUUGGACCGCAAUGAGACAAAACCUGACGCAUGAAGACCAGGAUGAGUUAAUGGCGAUCCACUUCCAAUAAAGUCUCAAAGCUAAAACAUCGCAUCACGACGUAGCCCAGCAUGCAUUAUGUCACUUUGUCACCUCGAUCAAACUGUUUUGAGGCUCCGCUCCACAUGCGUGAAGCUCUUCACACGUGAAGAGACUCUUACCUGCCUAAUAUUCAUAUAUUGUCCAAAUAUCUCACUGCUGUCUUGUAUAAUGUACUUAUGGCUUAUUUUGUUAGUGUGUUAAAACAUUUAAUGUGAACAUUUAUUGCUUUUUACAGGGAUUUAUAUUGUUAUAUUGUUUUGUAAUAUAUAUAUAUAUAUAUAUAUUAUAUCCUUAAUAGCCAGCCAAUGUUGUUGUUUUUUUCUUUCUUUCUUUUUUUUUUUUUUUAGUACUUUUUGCCUAUUUGUCCACUGGCCUUGGUGUAGAUUCAUAUUUUUGGAGAUUCUGUAGCGCAUCAUGAAUGGCCUACUCAGCUCCAGCUCCAUAUAUGCUUUAUUUUUCAACAUUUUCUUUUUUCAAGCUUUUCUAACCUCAGCCGUCAAAUCUCAGCUGUUAUAACACAAGUGGUAGGUAUCUGUAUCGACACAAUGCAGUGCCUACAAAAAGUAUUCACCCUACACAAAGUUUCUCAUGUUUUGCUUUGCUACGAUUGAAUCACAGUGGAUGUGGUUAGGAUUUAUUUUUGACAGUGAUUUAACAGAGAAUAAAUGUAAUAUCAAUUGAAAACAAAUGCCCACAAAUUGAUUGCACAAGUGUUCACCUGCUUCCAGAUGGUAAUUAUUAAAGGAACCUUUGGCAGAAAUUACAGCCUUGAAUCUAUGUUGAUUGGUCCGUAUCAGCUUUGUACAUUUGGAUACUGCAUUUCUCUCUCAUUCUUCUGUCCAACUCUGUUAUUUCAGAACUGUGAGUGAGCUGAAGUUUUCAAGUCCUGCCAUUAAUUCUGGACAGGGCUGAGGUCGGGACUCUAUUUUAUCAACCCAGGACGUUAAAACUGUUGUUUUAAAAACAAUAUUACAUAGAUUUGGCUUCAUAUCCUGGAGAUUUGCAGCAGGACUUGUUUAUAUGUUACUGCAUUCAUUUGACUCUUUACCUUCACAUACCUUACAGAGCCUGCUGCAGAGACACAUCCUCACCAGGCUGCAUGGUUGAGUUGGUGUAUUUCUGCUCAAGCAAAGAGUUUAGUUAACACUCAGCAUAGCGUUCAGUACAUCAGACCAUAAAAACCUCCCACUUUACUGCAGUUUCAUGUGAAAUACUCUGUCCAUUGUUAUGAUGGUAUUAGGGAUAUUCAGUGCCUUGGAAAUCAUCUUAAUUUUUCUCUUUAUUGGUGCUUUUCCGUAAACUUAUCACAGAUUUGUUGAAACAUUUAUCAUCACUUCAUCAUGCCAGGAAAUUGACUAAAUAGCUUUUGGGCUUAAAAUCAUUUCUUUAAUGAUUUAGUUUAUUGCUAUAGAAAUUUGUUUUCACUUUGAGAGUAGUCUUUAGUAGUUUUUUUUUUAUCAGCGCCAAAAAAUCCUAAUUGCAUCCACUGUGAUUCGAAAAUGCUAAUUAAUGGAACAUGAAAAUGUCCAAAUGGUGGGGACUACUUUUUAUAGGCAGUGUAGUUUCUUUUUUGGUGGCUUGAUGCUUUAUUUGUAACCAAAGAUGUGGUUCCAGUCUGCAACAUGUAAGUGGUUUUGUCCUGAGAUCUAUUUAAUCAACUAGAAUUUAAAAUCAAAAUUGUUAAAUCUUUGCAGUACAGAUUUCCAGUGUCAAAGGUGUGAAUUUAACCAGAGUUGAGCAUGUUUCUGUUCUAGCCUCAGGAACUCACCUUACAGUAGAUAAUCAGAGUAACAUGAUGCUUUCCUCACAUUAGACGAGAAGAUUUAAAAUUCAGACUGUAAAAUGUAUUUUAUUUGGGCUGAUAUUCUGUCUCCGCACUAUUUUGUGGCUAUUAAUUAUAAGCCCUUUUCAACACUGAACAGUCCUCUCUCUUGAUUGAUUUGUGUGUAUCUUCAUAGUGUGUAUUCUAUGAUGAAAUUAAAACUUCCCCCCCCCCCCCCCCCCCCCCCCGGUAACAUCUACUUCUCUGCCAAAGGGGAGUUUACUCAGUCCAGUGAAAGCUCUCCAACAUUUGGAGAAAAGUCCAGAUUGCUGAUCACUUAGCUCUGCAGCAAACUUUUUUUUUUUUUUGCAGCAACUGUUUUUUUUCCUUUUGUAUGAACGCCAGCAUCCUCUCUGUUUGAUAUUUCUACACUCAUUUAAAAACACAAGUGCUGUUGCUUCAGAAUCAAAUGACUUUGACUUUAAUCUAACCUUUGUGAUCAUAGAUGUUUGUAUUUUCAUACAAAGAUUUGAUUUGUGUAGUGGCCUGUGGUGACAGAUUGUGCUUUAUUCAAAUCUCCACUGCAAAAUCCCCAACGUCCACAAUCACACUUGCCCCUUCGAGGUCCAUCCUGGUGUUUAGACCACAGUUUCAUGAUAUUUGCUCAAUGGUCUGGGGGUGCUUUAUGUGAUCCUCAGUGGAUUUCAGUCAGGGUGGUGGUGAACUCUGAUUUGUAACUUAAAUAAAUGAAAAACUGGUUUUGUCCAUCAUAUCACAUGUUUAUAUGAUAGUAUCAUAGCCAUAUAUCCCUAUGAUACUGUUAUAUAUGAUAUUAUAGUGUCAUAGUGUUAUUUAAUAGGUAAACUGUAUUGCUAUACCUUAAAUAAAGUCUGGGUUUGGGUGCACAGCAUC